AUGAAGACUCACGCAGAGCGAAUUCCUUCGAGGUCAGCGAGGAUUUCUGAUUCCUGCAACCUGUUUCAUCCUCCCCAGUCAUUGUCUCUCUACCUGUCUGUCUACCUGUCUGACUGCAGCCCCAGUGAUUGUCUCUCUACCUGUCUGUCUACCUGUCUGACUGCAGCCCCAGUGAUCGUCUCCCCCCCCGGUGAAGUGUAUAACGUCUCUGGUUCUCAGGUGUAUCUGAGUUGUGAGGCGGUGGGCGUUCCCACUCCGGUCCUCACCUGGAAGAAGGUGAUAGGAGGAAAGAAGAGGGAGGGGCUUCUUCCUGGAGACAGAGAUAACGUGGCGAUCCAGACAAGAGGAGGACCCGAAAAACACGAGGUCACCGGCUGGGUCCUGGUCAGUUUAUUACAUAUACAAUAUAUAUAUUCUCUGAACUCAAUGAAUCCACUCCUAUACUUGGUGAUGAAGCCAGACACCAGGUCCCUGUAG